UUUUGUUCUUCAAACAAGAACGGAGAAAAAUUGUAAUGAUUUUUGUUUCCAUUUUCACUUUAAUCUUCGUUUUUCUUCUUUGUUCUUCUUCCAUUUGCUGAGCUGAAUCCAAUUUUUGCUUGGUUUAUUCAGCCUUUCAGUUCGGUCUUCAAUCGGAAGAAUCUGUUGUAACUAUGCGAGUUUUUUAGUGAAGAAAAAUGGAAUCGAACUGGCUUAGUACGCUUUUGAAUACGAAAUUCUACACUUCUUGCGAUCUACAUCCUAAUCUCAGGGGAAAUAAGAAAAGUGGAUUCUGUAUUGAUUGUAGUGUUAGCUUCUGCAAAAAUUGUACAGUCCAUGAUCUUCAUCGGCAGGUUCAAAUCUGGAAAUAUGUGUAUCAUGAAGUUGUGCGCGUUCAGGACAUGGAGAAACAAUUUUGCUGUUCAGAGAUUCAUCCAUAUAAAGUAAAUGGUAAAGUAGCUGUUCAUCUAAAUGCCCGUAGUCAAUCCAUCGACACGAAAUCACCGAAGACGAAGUCCGGUAGUCCUUGUGAAGACUGUGGUAGACAUAUACAUGAUCCUCAUCGCUUCUGUUCAAUCGCUUGCAAGGUUUCUGUGAACUCAAAGCUCAAGGACCAGAGCAUUGGAACUGUCGUAUCUCCGAGCCAGAACUCCGGUAACUUAUCAUUGAAGGACAAAAUCAGCCCAGAAACGAAUGCAAGCGAAUUGGAAUCAACCAUCUCAAUUGCAGAGUCCACAGAAGGGACAAAAACUAGCAGCCCUUCAUCUUCACAACCACGAAAACGCCGAAGGAAAGGCAUCCCUCACCGAGCUCCAUUUUCCUGAUAAGAUGAAGAUGCAACAUUUGCCAUCUUCGUUUUUAACUUCCUUGUGGCUAUCAAAUGGUAUGCUACUUAAUUUUUAUUUACCUUGACUCAUAAUUCAUGAAAUGUCUAGUAGUGAAAUGAAAUCAUCAAUAUAAAAGUCAGAUUUCUAGAUCAAAAUGCUCCUCAAAUCCCUCCCCUGCGUGAUUUUUAGAAUUUCUAAUUUCUUUGGGUAAUUGCAGUGAGUAGCACUUUUAAGACUAAUAAUUAAGCAUAUAGUAAAUCUUAUAGAAUUGCAAAUGUAGCAAAAUUUAUCGAUAGACAACUUGAUUACUGAUAGACAUCUAUAAGCAAUAUAGUCUAUCACUGAUAAACUCUGAGAGUUGAUAUAAAUUUUACUAUAUCUGCAAAUUCUUUUACAUUGUGCUAUAUUUGCAACUUCUCCAAUUUCUUUUAACAAUAUCGAUAAGAUUAGUUGGUAGAGAAAACUUACAUAAACAAAUAGAAUAUUUAAAAAAAAAAAAAAAUAUUACAUCCAGACUACAUCUAUUAUUGUACAUCUCAUUCAAUUGUCGAAUCAUAGUUAUGUAUGUAUUUAUCAUUGAUGACAAUGUUUGUAAAUGUGUUUACAUGGAAGUUUUCAUUCCCACUUUCUCCUUUUCUUUUCUUUCCUCUUUUUGUAUUAUGGUGACCAUAGAUUUAGAGCUUCUUUUUGUCACAAUCUCUAUGAUAAUGGUGAUUUGGCAAUCUUUAUUAUUAUUAUUAUUAUUAUUAUUCUUUUUUUAAAAAGGAUAUUUUUCUUGGGGGGUUUCAUCUUAGUCUUUGGUAAUUGUUAAAAGAGGGGCCCUCUAUCUCUCACCUUUAUUAUACAUCAUGAAAGUUGAAAACAGGCUUUUUCUUUGUGUUUUUCCACAUGAAAUAUGACAGACAAAAUAUGACUAAUCCCACAAGUGAAAUAGCAAAUCAAGCUUAAAGUGAAACAUAGUCGGCA